AUGUCAAAGAAUUCACGUUCAUCUUCUACAGCUGCUAAUUCAUCUCAACGAAAUUUACACAGUCCUCUUAUGAGAACUCCUCUUUCAGAUAUCUCAAAUAGAUCUCCUCUUUUAGAUAUCACAAAUGUUACUUCACCGGUUGAAAGGCGUAAGCUUCGAAAAGUAAUACUUGAUAAUAAGAAAUCAAAGAAUGCAUCCUCAUCAUCAACGACUAUUCGUAACAUCUUUUCUGACAAUGCAAAUUUGCUGGUAUGUUCUGAUACUACAAACCAACAUAUGUACUCUAUUGCACGUCGAGCAGUUAGAAAUGCUACUGGUUCUUUAAUUUCAACUACACCAGGUACACCGUUAGAUAGCAACUGUCGAUAUUCCAUUACUUCUAGCGUCAUUAGCAAUUAUUUGGACCAUGGUGACCAAGUGCUUACAUGUCAGCUUUGUAGUGCAAAGUUAUGGACAUCAGAAGGUGGAAAAGGUCGUUUAACUAUAAAUAAGCUAUGUUAUAGUAUGUGUUGUGGGUAUGGUAAAGUUCAGCUACCGUCUUUAAAGGAUUCACAUCCGUCUUAUCAAAUUUUGUUUUCUUCCUCAAAUGUAAAAAGCAAGUUCUUCCAAAAGAACAUAAGACGAUAUAACUCUAUGUUCUCUUUUACAUCUAUGGGUAAAAAGGUUGAUUCUAAUAUCAACAAGGGCAAUGCUCCAUUUAUAUAUCGUAUCAGUGGCCAAAACUAUCAUUGCAUGGGUAGUCUCAAACCUCCAGAUGGAAAUGAAGCUAAGUUUUGUCAGCUAUACAUACAUGAUACCGAAAAUGAAAUAACAAACAGACAGGCAUUAUUCAGCAAAAGAACCAAACCUUCAUCGCCUACUGAUAAAGAACUUGAUGUCGAAAUGAUAGAGUAUUUGAGGGCUUUAUUAGAUUCACAAAAUAUGUUGGUUAAGAUAUAUAGGAUGGUCAGAGACCAUUUUCACCAAUCUCCAGAGGCCAACCUUAGUCUGCGACUUAUUUAUAGAAGAGAAAAAGACGGCAGGACAUAUAACUUACCCACCACAUCUGAAGUUGCUGCUUUGGUUGUCGGAGACAUAGAUAAAGCUAUAGACCAUCCUAAUAUUGUUGUCGAAACUCGUCUGGAAUGCUCCAGCGUAUUAGCAAAUUACAACCAUCGUAUCUUGCUCUGCAAUAUCCGUUACUUUUCCGAUAUGGUGAUGAUGUUUUUGGUUGAUGCGUACACAAUGAUUGAGAGCGAAAGACUGAAUUACAUCCGGAGGCAACAAGCGAACCUUCGCUCUGAAACAUUUGAGAAUCUUCAAAAGCAUAAAUCUAAAGGUAAGGAAGUUUUAACAAAUACUGGAAAGACUGUUAUACUUCCUUCUUCAUUUACUAGUGGUGCAAGAUUCAUGCAACAAAAUUACCUCGAUGCAAUGGCCUUAUGUAAGUGGUAUGGGUACCCUGAUUUCUUCAUAACUAUAACGUGUAAUCCUAAGUGGCCAGAAGUAAAAAGAUUUCUAAAAGAUUCAACCAUCAAAGCCGAAGACAGGCCUGGCAUAUUGUGUCGAUUGUUUAAAAUGAAGCUUGAUUCCUUACUCAAAGAUUUGAAGGAUUCUAAGUAUUUCGGUGAGAUUAACGUUGUUGUUUAUACAGUAGAAUUUCAAAAGCGUGGUCUUACUCAUGCACAUAUAUGCUUAUUCAUGAAGGUCGAUCACAAACUUCCAACCAUUGAUCACAUAGAUCUAUUUAUUUCUGCUGAGAUUUCCAAUAAAAAAGAAGAUCCUAAACUUUAUUCUCUUGUGACUGAUUAUAUGAUUCAUGGUCCGUGUGGGAAUGCUAAUUUGAAUUGUCCUUGCAUGGUUGAUAAAAGAUGUUCAAAAAACUUCCCGAAGAAAUUCACACCACAUACAAUGAUUGAUUCAAGUGGUUUUCCUGUAUACAGAAGAAGAGAUUCAGGUCAUACAAUUAUAAAAUCUGGUGUUAGAUUAGACAACAGAAAUGUUGUUCCUUAUAAGAAAAGGCUUUUGAAAAGAUAUCAAGCACACAUUAAUGUUGAAUGGCGUAAUCAAGCCGGUUCAGUGAAAUAUUUGUUCAAGUACAUUAAUAAAGGCCUUGAUAUGGCUACUGCGGUAGUUUCUGGUGAUACAAAUUCAACCAUUAAGGAAAAGCCAAAAGACGAGAUCAAGGAGUAUUAUGAUUGUAGAUAUAUUUCAGCGUGUGAGGCAUCCUGGAGAAUAUUCUCUAAUGAGGUUCAUUAUAGGUAUCCUGCUGUUUUGAGACUUCCCUUUCAUUUGCCGGACCAACAGAAUGUUGUGUAUGGUGCGGAUGACGAUACUGAUAAUGUUUUAAGCAAGCCUUCUGUUGCUUCUUCAAUAUUUGUGCAAUGGAUGAAGUUGAACGAGACAAAUGAAGAUGCUAGAAAGCUGACUUAUGUUGAGUUUCCUUCCAAAUUUGUUUGGAUACUUAAAGAUAGAUGUUUGGAUACUCAAAGGUUGGUCUUUAUUUGA